UAUAUUCUUCUCAGUUGCUUAUUGGCCGUGAACGUGUUCACUUCUAUUUUAGAUAUUCCUUUAUUUUACUUAGUGACUUAAGUUAGGUAGUGUUAACCAGAGAUUAUUUUAAGUCAUGCCUUGCGAUUCUGAUUAUUUUGUGCGUGAAUUGGAGAUUAAUUCAAGUGAUACUCAACUACACACUCUAAAACUACAUCAGAAGUCAGUUGGAGAUGUGAAUUGUAUUGUGUGGGAUGCAUCCAUAGUUUUAGCUAAAUAUCUCGAAGUGUACAACUUGAAACAUCCAAAUUUUUUAGUAGAUGUGAAAGUUAUAGAGUUGGGAUCUGGUGUUGGAUGUGUGGGAUUGACUGCUGCAUUAUUAGGUGCAAAUGUUACACUAACUGACCUGCCUGAAACACUAACUAUAUUGAAUGAUAACAUUGCCUUCAACAGAGAUACAAUUAAUUCAUCUCAGGGAUCAGUCACUGCCAGAGUUUUAAACUGGUCUGAUAAAUUAGAUAUCAGUGCCAAUGACUAUCAACUUAUAAUUUUAUCUGAUUGUGUAUAUUAUUCAAAGUCAAUUAAAUCUUUGACACAAACAUUAGUGGAGCUGUGUGGUGAUAGCACUGAAAUAAUUCAGAGCCAAGAGAUAAGAGAUACUGAUAAACAAAAAGAGAUUUGGAAUUGUUAUUUACAACAAUUACAAAUGGAAUUUAAUGUUGAAGAAAUUCCAACUUCUCAACAACAUAUGGAAUUUUCCAGCAGGGAUAUUAAACUGCUCAAAAUUACUAAGAAAUAAAUAUAAUUUUACAAUUUAAGCAAA